AGUCUAUGGCACCAUCAUGGAUCGCUGUUCUUUGGCCAAGGAGAUGUAUGCCAUGGGUGUACCCAAAUCCGAUUUACCCAUGUGGACUUGCAUUGCCGAACAUGAAUCGCAUUAUAACACCGACAUUGUUGGCCCCACGAAUAAGGAUGGCACCAACGAUUAUGGCAUUUUCCAAAUAAAUAACAGAUGGUGGUGUAAGCCCUCAAAUGGUGGAAAAACUGCAAAUGGUUGUAAAAUCAAUUGUAAUGAUUUGUUGGGCAAUCUGAGGAAAUCUAUCAACUGUGCUCUAACUGUGAAGAAGGAACAGGGAUGGAAGGCUUGGGCCACAUUGAAAUUCUGUGGAGGAAAAUUGCCCAGCAUUGAUUCGUGUUUCUAAGUGAAUGAACAACGAAGUUCUUUCAAUGGUUAACCACUUGACGAUUUU